AUGUCGAAGAAAAACAACCUCAAGACCCGGCGCCGGCUUCACCAGUACUCCCUGAAGCAGGAGGCCCAGGCCGCGAAGAAGGCGAAGCGGAAGCAGGUGAAGAAGGUGGUGAAGGACGAGGUCAACAUCGAGGUGAAUGAGCUGCUCAAGGAGUUCGACCUGAGCAAGGAGCGGACGGAGGCAAAGAAGCGCGCGACGCAGGACAAGGCGGCGGCGAAGGGGGCGGCGGCGAAGAGCGGCGCGGGGGCGGCGGCGGGGGUGCAGAAGCCGAACUUCAACGUGGCGAAGUUCAAGCGCCGGGGCCCGCGGCUGCGGAAGGGCGCGGUGGUGCGCGGCAUCAAGAUUGUGGACGCCGCGACGCGCAAGGAGGUGGAGGAGAUCCUGGCGCGCGAGCAGGAGGCGAAGGAGGCGGCGAUGGAGGAGUGA